AUGUCUUCUGUUCUUGCAAAAAGGUCGAGAGAGGAGGAUGAUUUGAGUCCAUUCGGCUAUGGAUACAAGAAAUCGCGUGUUGAUCAGAACCCGAAUGCAAUAUCUACCUCAUUUCCGUCCGCACGGUUCCCUUUCAGCAAUCCUACUCUUUCGCCUCCCCUGCAACCCACCGAACCAUCAACAGAAAUCGGCAGCAAUAUAACCUUCGAAGAUAUCCUCCCGGAGCCGUUUCUUCAAUGGCGCGAAGAAAAAAAGCAACCGUCACAUUCAUCCCUGCAGGCCCGCCGCCCACCAACUCUGACCCUGGAUACCGCCAUGGACGUCGAUAUGGUGCCGCCGUCACCACUCCCAAAUGGUGACAAUCUAUCGCCCUGGCCUCUUAGUGUAAGAACAAAGGCUGUCUCGAAUCACCUCCAACCGUCGCCAAUUCCUCAUCACUUGAUCAACCAAUCCUUGACUAUCAGUGGAGGCCGCACAUCUACGCCGAUAUAUAGCCAUUUCACAUUGAACAUGAACACGGAGUUAAUGUCCGUUCCAUCUGCAGAUAUUACCAGUGCAGCUCCUGCGCUUCCCUUGCAGAAUACAAACGAGUCGAACUGGUGGCGACGGCGGCGGUUACCAAGCCCCAUUAGCGAAGCCGGUGACAUUCUUUCCGAGGCCGAGCCUACAAAUAAUAUAUCCAAAGAAGCCGGUGAUCAAAAUGACUUUCCUGAUUCUCCUUCUUCCAUGGAUGUCGACGGUGACGAUCCACCAUCAAACAUAUUCCUACGAGUUCCAGGGCAAAAGCUAGGAUUUCCCACUCAUAUACCCUCUGCAGAGACAGAGACCAAUGGUAUACCUGCAUCAACAGCUAUAGCCGAGCCAAUGUCGAAACGUGCACCAGUCACAGCACCCAGACGCGAGAAAAUCAGCUUCUCAAUGGGCUAUCGAGCUGAUUGUGAGAAAUGUCAAAUGAAAGUACCUGGGCAUUAUAGUCAUAUCGUUCGAUCUUAG